CCCGACUGCCGCUCGUUGUUUUGGUGUGGUUCAUGUGUUUUAUACAAUUUUUUACAGUCUAUGGUUUUAUCAUGUCUGCUGUGUUCUGCCGGAGACUCGUUUCUGCGUUUUUCAAGCGCAGGUUUAUUUCUGUUAAUUCGGUUCGGUUCGUCUCCGGCUGUGAGGAGCGGCGCCGCGUGACUCUUCUGUGCGGGGAUGUGGAUCGAUUCGGCGGGGUGACGGUGCGAGACUUUCCGCCGAAAAUAAGCGAGGAUGAGUUUAAAGAUCUGCUAUGGGAGUCUCUCUGUCAUUGGCAGUCUGAGGGCAGGGUCGCCGUGUGGCUCCAUGUUCCAAUCACUCUCAGCCGAUUGGCCGCAGCAGCUGCAUGUCAUGGCUUCACCUUCCAUCAUGCCAGGAGAGAUGUGGCCGUUCUCAGCCUGUGGGUUGGAGAGGGCGAAGACAGACUACCGGCGUUUGCCACACAUCAAGUAGGAGUUGCAGGUGCUGUUGUGGAUGAAUCAGAUGGUAAAGUUCUCGUUGUUCAAGACAGAAAUAAGACUAAAAAUGCUUGGAAGUUUCCUGGUGGUCUGUCAGAUCUUGGAGAAAACAUUGGUGACACAGCCGUCCGUGAGGUUUUUGAAGAAACCGGGGUCCGAUCAGAAUUCCGAUCUCUUCUCAGUAUUCGUCAGCAGCACAACCACCCCGGAGCGUUCAGGAUGUCCGACAUGUAUCUUAUCUGCAGACUUCGCCCACUUUCAUACGACAUUAACUUCUGCACUCAGGAAUGUCUGCGAUGCGAAUGGUUGGAUUUGGCUGAAUUAGCCAAGACUAGCGAGACGACACCAAUUACGAGUCGAAUAGCCAAACUUCUGCUGUACGGGUUGGAAAAAGGCUUUCACAAUAUUGACUUGAAUAUGGAGGAGCUGCCCGCUGUAUAUUCGGGUAUGUUUUAUCAGCUCUACUACAGACGGCUGCCAGAGAUCUAG